CGCAUAAGUCUGAGGCACAUGAAGACUUACAAGAAGUAGAAUUACUUCUGCGAGUCAUUAUGGAAUAUAACACAACAAAAUAUCAGGAGAGUGCCGACUGAGUGUGCUCCAUCACUGGUGCUGCCGCUUGCAUCGUCCUCCCGCUGAGAUAUUUAAGCGUUCAUUUUGUUGGCGCACAGCGAGUCAUCAACCAUGAACUCUUUGAACCAGCAGUACGAGGAAAAGGUGCGUCCAUGUAUCGACCUUAUCGACUCGCUUCGCUCUCUGGGUGUAGAGAAGGACCUAGCCCUGCCUGCCAUUGCCGUCAUCGGAGACCAAAGUUCCGGCAAAAGCUCAGUCUUGGAGGCGCUGUCCGGGGUGGCAUUGCCUAGAGGAAACGGCAUUGUGACAAGAUGUCCUCUGGAACUGAAGAUGAAGAGACUGAGAGAAGGAGAGCAGUGGUAUGCACAGAUCAGCUAUCAUGAUUAUAGCGAGGAAAUCAAGGACCCGGCACAUGUGGAGAAAACAAUUCGCGAGGUUCAAGAUGAAAUGGCUGGCGUCGGGGUAGGGAUCUGCGAUGAUCUCAUUACUUUGGAGAUUUUUUCUCCCAAUGUUCCUGACUUGACGCUCAUCGACCUACCUGGCAUCACCAGGGUGGCUGUAAAGGGACAGCCAGAGAACAUUGGCGACCAGAUAAAAAGACUGAUCUUAAAGUUCAUCACCAAACAAGAAACCAUCAAUCUGGUGGUAGUGCCAUGCACCAUGGACAUUGCAACGACAGAGGCGUUAAAGAUGGCACAGGAAGUGGAUCCGGAAGGAGAAAGGACUUUGGGGAUCUUGACUAAACCUGACCUUGUGGACAGAGGCACAGAAACAACGGUGGUUGACAUUGUCCACAAUCAGGUCAUCCACCUAAGGAAGGGCUACAUGAUCGUCAGGUGCAGGGGUCAGCAGGAGAUCACUGAGAAGGUGUCUCUCCCUGAAGCAAUAGAGAGAGAGAAAGCCUACUUCACUGACCAUGUGUAUUUCAACACGCUUUACAGUGAAGGCCAUGCCACUGUUCCAAAGCUGGCUGAGAAACUCACCCUGGAGCUGGUGCAUCAUAUUGAGAGGUCUCUGCCUCGACUUGAAGAGCAGAUAGUGGAGAAGCUAGCACAGACUCAGGCAGAGCUGGAUAAAUGUGGCACUGGUCCUCCAUCUGAACCAUCCGGGAGACUUGUCUUCUUCAUUGAUAAAGUGACAGCAUUCAUCCAAGAUGCCAUCAGCCUCACAACAGGAGAGGAGCUCAGGUGUGGAGAUCGUCUGAAUGUAUUUUCAAUGCUCAGAAGAGAAUUUGGCAAGUGGAAUGCCCACCUGGACAACUCAGGAAAGAAAUUUAAUGAAAAGAUGGAAAGCGAGGUGGAGAAUCAUGAAAAUAAGUACCGUGGUAGAGAACUUCCUGGUUUCGUCAAUUACAAGACUUUUGAGGUCAUGGUCAAGGAGCAGAUCAAGCAGUUGGAGGAACCAGCUGUAAAGAAGCUCAAAGAUAUAGGAGAUGCUAUUAGGAAAGUGUUCAUGCAGUUGGCUCACAGUAGCUUCAGCGGAUUUCCUCACCUCCUCAAAACAACAAAGGCAAAGAUUGAAGCCAUUAAGCAAGAAAAGGAGUCAACUGCGGAGACGAUGCUGAGGAGUCAGUUCAAAAUGGAGCUGAUGGUUUACUCUCAGGAUAGGACCUAUAGUAACACUUACAAUGACAACAAGAGCCACGAGUGUAAGGAGGAGUACCCCGAGGAGUACGUGGAGGAUGAUCCGUUGGACUGUUAUGUUACGCUGCAGCAACUGAAGUUACAUCUGAGGUCCUAUUAUAAAAUUGCCAGCCAGCGUCUGGCUGACCAAAUCCCGCUUGUGAUUCGCUACCAGAUGUUGCAGGAGUCUGCUGUACAGCUGCAGAGGGAGAUGCUGCAGGUGCUACAGGACAAGGACAACUUGGACUUACUGCUGAAGGAGGAUCCUGACAUUGCCCUGAAGAGGAGUACUUUGCAGAGUCGUCACCAGCGCCUCAUGAAAGCCCAUGCAUACCUCGUGGAGUUUUAGAGUUCACACCAUUAUCGCUGAAUCUGAAUGUCUUACGUUUUCGUAGAUUUUUUAUUCAUCUUCUUCCAGAAAGUAGCCAUUUAUACUCUUUAUAAUCAUAGUUAGGACCUGGCUGUUACAUACAUCCAUCUUGCUGUUCAUUUUAGGGGAAUACUCUUGCAAACAUUUUAUCAAAUUAGGAUUGACAUAAAAAAUGUUGCUGUCUUAUAAUUGUGUUGCAAAAUGUUGGUUUAUAAUAAGUUGAAGCUGAGAAUACAGUUAAUAAAGAAUCUGACAUUAAGAUUCUUAUUUUUUAUCAAGAAAACAGGCUGGGUUGUACAGCAUCUGGCCAAAAUGAGACCUAAUAUGUUUCAGUAGGCAAUAAGUUAACCACCCCUAAGUGUGUAGCUGUCAAGUGGGAAAGACAUCCUAUGAUUUUAGAAAAAUAUGUUACAACCAAGGAAAUGACUCAGUACUAAAAGACUAAAAUUACUAAACACUGGUCAUGAAAGAGCAGAUAGAAUAGAAUAUUAUACCCUGUACGAAAUUGGGACCAACAGGUGUACUACCGUAUUAAAACCACCACAAAUCAGUACAACUACAAUAAUAUACAGUCAUUGAAAAAAAAUAUCAGAACACCCUUGUUUCUUCCGUUUCUCGUUCAUUUUAAUGCCUGAUACAACUAAAGGUACCAUUGUUUGGACAAACAAUGACAACAGAAAUAGCUCAUAAGAGUUAAAAUGUUUCAGCAGUACAAUGCUGUAGCUAUUCUUUUAGGAACUUAAGUGAUUUUGGUUAUUAUCAAGAAAACAUGGAAGUUGCUAGAUAUCAGCUCUUAAGUUAAACUCUUAUGAGCUAUGUUUGUUAUCAUUAUAUCUACCUUUAGUUGUACCAGGCAUUAAAAUGGAUGAAACUGAAGAAACAAGGGUGGUCUGUGCAUACUUUUUUCAGUCUCAGUUACAACUGAGUAUUGGUAAAGGUAGAAUUUUUGAUACGGCUCUUCUUGUGUUAGAUGUUAACACUUUACAAGCGGCAUUUACAAUUUCAAAGAAAUGCUGAUUAAUUUAGAAUCUAUCCAGAAGAAAACAAAGUUUUACAAUUCCCUUAAAAAGCAGAUUUUUUCCAUGUCGCCGUUUUGAAAAAAAUGGCGACACAGAAUGAAGUCAAUCUGCCCCACUGUGUCCAACAAGUGUUUGACUUGCCACACCAUGCAUCUCAUUAUCCCGUUGUUGGAAGUACAGCGACCCCUCAUUUAUCAUGGUUAAUUGGUUCCAUACUUGACUGUGGUAAGUGAAUUCGGCAAAUAAGAUUCCUGCUUUAUACAUUGAAUAUUUUCAAAGUAAGAGCAUAUUAAACCUUUUUACAACCUUCUAAAUAUGUUUUUUAACAUUAGAGCCCUCUACACAUGAAAUAACAUGGCCGCAACAGUAGCCCAUGUUUGUAUUAGGGAUGAUUGUGCUCCUUGUGUGGUAAUUCAAACCUGCAAUAAAAGCAUGGUGUUUUGGUGAUCAAGUCUGGUGCUUGACAACUGUAGAGUCGCUGAGUGAAGGCACGCGCAUGCUGGGUUCUCUGUAACAAGGCAAAGGCAACAAAAUGCCUACUGUUCUGGCUCUGAUACGCCAAUAUUGUUGGACGUGAAAGAAGCUAUUUGAGGUGCUUCCCAGUAGCGUUUUGAAUAAGAUGCAUGGUGGUUGUCUUGUUAACUGUUUAGAUAUACUCAAAAAGUCGGUAACGGUUUGAUGAACAACUUGAAUGAGAGUUAUUUUAACAUUUAUUCAAAAAUACAUAAAAAAGGAACACAGAAAUUGAAAAUCUGUUUCAUUUUGUAAAGUCCAAAUGAAACAACCUCAUUCGGCACUCUCUGUCGGGCUCUGCUGAUUGUUGUCAUCAGUGUCGGACUUCUCGUCAUCUAUGGAGAAGAUAAUGACUAUUAGCAAUGAUGCAACAGGUGAACACUUUAUUUUUUGUUGAGGAAGUUGUAAAUGCUGAAUUACAAUGAAAUGCAAUGACAAGCAAAAAAACAAAAAAAUCCUUGUUUACUCACUUUCAAGGGUCUGCUGUAGUUCCUGUAUGGUACUGAGGAGCACAUGGAACUGCUUUUUCCGUAGUUCCAACUAAAUAGGACCAAAGGAAGUUUGACAUUGAAAUGAGUUUUGAUUUUAAAGAAUUGUUUUAGAGUAGAGGAACACUCGAAAUAGUUUACCUUUGCAUCCACAUUCUCCUUGAUGUUUGACAGCUGCUGGAGUUCUUUGUCAAGCGCCUCCAGCUGUCUGUAAGCAGAUAAUAUAAUUACCAUUAACUGCUCUCACACAGUGAGUAAAGAAAUCG